AAUAUAUUAAUAACGGGUAUUAUAAGAAUUAGCUUCGGCCUAGGUAAGGAAAUCGUUACCCUAAGUACGGUAGAAGUAGACACGUAUUUUAAAAUAAUAACUUCCUAUAUUUUACCUAUUAAUACCCUAUUUCUCUUAUAUUUAAAAAAUAUAAAUCGACUAAGUAUUAUAUUUAAUAAUACGAAGAACAAAAUCUCUAGUAGUAAGUAUUUUAAAAUAGUUAAAUAA